CAGCUCCGGGCCGCAGGACCAUGAGAGGGCCGGAGUCGGGUCCCGAGCUCACGAUGGAGGGGGACGUGCUGGACACCCUGGAGGCGCUGGGGUAUAAGGGACCACUGUUAGAAGAGCAAGCCCUUGCCAAGGCUGCAGAGGGUGGACUAUCUUCACCUGAAUUUUCAGAGCUCUGUGUUUGGUUAGGCUCUCAGAUUAAAUCAUUGUGCAACUUGGAAGAAAGUAUCACUUCAGCUGGGAGAGAUGAUCUAGAAAGCUUCCAGCUUGAGAUAAGUGGGUUUUUAAAAGAAAUGGCAUGUCCGUAUUCCGUACUCGUAUCAGGAGAUAUUAAAGACCGUUUAAAAAAGAAGGAUGACUGUUUGAAGCUUCUAUUAUUUUUAAGUACAGAGCUUCAAGCUUCACAGAUACUGCAGAAUAAGAAACGUAAAAAUUCUCAAUUAGAUAAAAAAAGUGAAAUUUAUCAAGAAGUUCAAGCUAUCUGUGAUACUCUUGGUGUACCCAAGUCAGCAACUUCUGACAUUCCGCUUAUGCUAAACCAAGUGGAAUCAAAGGUGAAAGAUAUUCUCUCAAAAGUCCAGAAAAAUCAUGUGGGAAAACCACUGCUGAAAAUUGAUUUAAAUCUGGAACAAGCGGAACAACUAGAAAGAAUCAAUGAUGCUCUUUCCUGUGAGUAUGAGUGCCGCCGGCGGAUGCUAAUGAAACGGUUAGAUGUGACAGUGCAGUCCUUUGGUUGGUCUGAUAGAGCAAAGGUAAAAACAGAUGACAUAGCAAGAAUUUACCAGCCUAAGCGUUAUGCUUUAUCGCCCAAGACAACAAUUACACUGGCACAUUUACUUGCUGCACGUGAAGAUCUGUCUAAGAUCAUUAGAACAAGUAGUGGCUCCAGCCGAGAGAAGACAGUGUGUGCCAUUAAUAAGGUGCUGAUGGGAAGGGUGCCUGACCGAGGAGGACGGCCAAAUGAAAUUGAACCACCACCCCCUGAAAUGCCCCCUUGGCAAAAGAGACAAGAAGGGGGCGGAAGGGGUGGUUGGGGUGGUGGGGGUGGUCGAGGAGGUGGUGGGGGUGGAAGAGGUGGCUGGGGAGGUGGGGGAGGUUGGGGAGGUGGUGGUGGUAGUAGUGGAGGAGGAGGAGGAGGAGGAGGGUGGGGAGGAAGUGGGGGAGGGGGAGGUAGAGGAGGAGGUUUUCAAGGCAGAGGAGAUUAUGGUGGGAGGGGAGAUUAUGGUGGAAGAGGAGGGGGCUAUGGUGGAAGAGGAGGCUAUGGUGGAAGGGGUUAUGGAGAUCCAUAUGGAGGAGGUGGUGGUGGAUAUAGAAGAUAUUAAAAACUACCAAAAUUAGAUAGCAGUGCUUACUUCUUGGCAGAGACAUUAGGUGUAGUGUUGUAAAUAACAUACUUGGAAUGUCAUCUUUGAAGUAAACACCAUGUUAGAUUCCCUGAUACCAUUCUUGAAUUGGGUUAAUAUGUGAGAACAUUGUUUUAUACUACCAUUUGAUCUCUUAGGCAAAGUGAUGAUUUUUCCAUAUUCUGUGUAUCCUUGAGCAUGUCUUUUUAAAACAAAAAAUGAGCAAAAAUUAUUUUUAAAAAUGUAAAUAUUUAUUACCAUCAGACUUGGAAAAUGGAAAGUAUUUUAUUGCCAUGAUUGAAUUUAGAUUGUUACCUGUAUUUUAUUCAGGUUUGAAACACAUAAAUUAUCCCACUUGUUAUGGAAAGGAAUAUAGACUAUUGUCUCAUCUGUAUUCCUGUGGCUGUGUUUUGUAUUUGAUAAUUAUAUUUCAUGAAAUAGGGAACGGAACUGAUCUGAUAGGUAGUUGUCAUGACUUGUUUUUUUAUAGGAGGCAAUUCCUCUGACCAGGAUUCUGUUAAAGUUCAUUAAUUGAAGCUCAAGCCUAUUUUUUGCUAUGUAUAUUUGAUUUAUUUUCCAAGUGGAUUUGAAAUCUGAUUUUGUUUAACAAAGCAAAAUUAAAGAAUGAGGUCAGAAUUACUCUAAAGGGAUGAGGACAAAUAAUAAUUUUACAUGGUGAUGUGAAAAAUACUCAUUUAAACUGGUCUCUUCAUCAUUUGUGCCAUCACUUUAGGUGUUUGGAUAUCAAAAAGCAGAUUAAGCUGUAUUGCCCAGGAUUAGGACAGUAAUUUCCAUUUUCAGUCCAUCGGAGGUAGAAUUGGGGCAUCCCUUGGAAAUUCUGAUUCAUAGCUAGAUUUUGGAAACAGGGAAUGUAGUUGGUGGUUGGAGGAAGUAAAGGUUUGGGAUAGAGUUGUGAAUUUGAAUCAUGGCACUAGCCCAGAGGUGCUGUGGGCUGAAAUGACCAUAGCUCUCAAGGAUUGAUUUGUCCUCAUUUAUCAAAUGAGGAAUAUGACACUUGCACUCUUCUCAGAUUGUUUCAUAAAGAUCUAACUACAAGUGCAAUUUAUUGAGGGCUUGUUGUGAAUGGUUUAAGAAGUGGGCUAAGUAAUGCAUUUUCCUCUUAGUAUAGAGAGUUAGAUAAGAGAGUCACAUAUAUUUUUUCAUUCCCACUGUAAAAUGUGUAUCCUAGUGUGGGCUCCUGGUUGACACCUGUACGUAACAACUUUCUGUGAUCUAGCAAAUUCAGCAGAUAGAAAGCUGAUUAUCAGUGGACACACUGUAUUUGAUAUUUGGCAGUUUCAUUGUUGUUGUGUUGUUUGCUUUACAGUAAACCCUGAACUGAAAUCUAAAACAAUGUUAAAACUUUAAAAGUAAAUAUUGUGUAUACUGCAGUCUUUGCCAUGUAGUUUUCAAGUAACUCUUCAAAGAAGUUUGUUCAGGAUAGGGAAACAUACUUUAGGUUAUUUGUAAAAUAGAAUUUAAAAAUGUGUUUAUAUUUAAUGAAGAUACUUAAUUUCAUUUGUGAUAGUUGGGAAAAAAGGCUUUCCAUAAUUAAAACAUUUUUUUCAAUAGCUAUGAACUCUGAAAAAUAAAUAAUUUCUAAAAAUAUGUAAUCAAA